AUGGCAAGAAAUUUGGAAAAUCCUGCUGAACUAGUUCGUUUGGAUAACCAUUCAGGCAAAGGUCCACAUUAUCACCUUGAUGACAAGCAGACUUAUUUUACUUGGAUUUCUUGGCAAGAGACGAAGAAAUUAUUUCACCGGCUAGCGUGUGAACUCUUUGCUAUCGCGGGGAAAAAACAUUUACAACCUAAGAAUGUGGUAGUUUUUAGCGAUUUAGCUACUAUUUAUCAAGUAAUUAGUCAAGCUAGAUUGGAUUUGUUAAAUUGCUUGGUGGAAAAGCAACCGGGGAACAUUUACCAGUUAGCUAAAUUUUUAGGCAAAGACUAUGCGAAUGUCUGGCGAGAUUGUCAAGCCUUAAAUAGUUUAGGAGUAAUUAAACUAAAAAAAAUUGAUAAAGAAAUUCAGCCGAUUGCUCGCUACGAAAAAAUUAUUUUUGAAUUUCCGAUUAUGAGGAGAGAGCAUUCAAAUUUAGCCUAUGUUCCUUCUACCAACACUUACGAAAUUUACGAACCUCAUCUUCCAAGAAAGCAGACUAAUGUUCAAGGAAAUUUGAUUAUUACAGCAUAUCAUACGUUCGCCAAGCCGAAAAAGCACUUGACGAUUACUGAGGUGCCAGCGAGAAAGCAAAAUGCUCCGAAUGCGGAAAAAUGGUUAAAGGAUUAG